UCGCGCCCCCGUCCCCGGGGCGAGGGGUGUCCCGCCGGCGCUGUCCCUCCAUCGCCAGCCGCCCUCCGGGCCGCGCCGAAGGUCCCCGUCAGGGCGCCAGCAGUGGCGAGACGGCUCCUGGCAAGGCCGGGGGGCUGCGAGACUGGUGGCGUGGCGUGGCGGGCCUGGCUGCGCUCCUUCCCCCUCAGCCGUCCCUCGCCGCGCUCCCCUCUGGCUGACAGGCCGCGGAGGGGUGUUGCCGCUCACCUUUCUCGGUGCCGGGGUGGGCUGUGGUAGACCCGGGCGGCCUCUGUCGGUGCCUUGUCCGUGGGACGCGCCUGGCUUCCUCGUAAUUUGCUCCUGGUGAUUUUCCGCUCCUCCCAGUGCCUCAGACUGGCUGUAAUGGAGUGGCUUCGUGCGAGUGGAGUGUGCAAAAUGGUUUGGAGCCCUUCCAGUCGAAGGUCGUCGUAAUCAUGAUUAAUUUCACCACUUCAAUCACAGAUAAAUCAGCCCAGUGCUGUAUCAGGAAAUGGACUGGGACCAGUUUGACUUGAAUCCUAAAGUAAUUGCUGCCCUUAAGAAAGCUGACAUAAAAUCAAUAAAAGAGAUUUUAAAUCUUUCUGGAGCAGACUUGCAAAGGCUGAUGAAACUAUCCAGUGCAGAUAUACAGUGCUUACUGAAAACAGUCUCUCUCACGCUGAGAAGAAAUAGUAUGCUUACAGCACUUCAGCUCUACCAAGAUAAAGAUCAUCUCACCUCCCAACACCAGAAGCUAAGCCUAGGAUGUUCAGUACUGGAUAACUUGUUAAAAGGUGGCAUUCCUUUAGUGGGAAUCACGGAACUUGCUGGGGAAAGUUCGGCUGGGAAGACUCAGAUUGGCUUACAACUGUGCCUUUGUGUGCAAUAUCCUUACAAAUAUGGUGGAUUACAGUCUGGAGCUGUCUACGUUUGUACAGAAGAUGUAUUCCCAAGUAGACGUUUGCAACAACUCAUAGAUCAACAACAUAAGCUGCGUGCAGAUGUUCCAGCUGAAAUCAUACAGAAGAUCAGAUUUGGAAACAGUAUUUUUGUUGAGCAUGCAGCAGACCUAGAUACCUUUCACAACUGCAUUACUAAAAGGAUUUCCCUCCUGCUCGCAAGAGGCAUGGUGCGGUUGGUGGUCAUAGACUCUAUUGCUGCUUUGUUUCGAUGUGAAUUUGGAGUUUCAGAUUCUGUUACGAAGGCUCGGUAUUUGCAGACAUUUGGAGCACAGCUUCACAGUUUAAGCACUAGAUUCAGGACUCCAGUAAUGUGCAUUAAUCAGGUGACCGAUGCAGUGAGCGAGUCAGAAGCUGCUCAGUGCGGUUAUAGCAUAGUGGAUAACAGAGUCUCUCCAGCACUUGGAAUAACCUGGGCAAAUCAACUGCUGAUGAGAUUGAUGGUCAGCCGAAUAUCACACCCUGAACAACCACCUGGGGUUGCGUCACACCACACUGGAAGUGUAAGGACUUUAAGAGUAGUUUUUGCUCCUCAUCUUCCUCCCUCCUCUUGCUACUAUACAGUAAAAUUGGAAGGUGUAAAAGGAAUAAAAUAAAUACUUUGCAUAGUAAAGCAUCCUACUUAAAAAAAAAUGUAUCAAAGCUACUUUUGUUUCAGGAAGAAUUAGUACUAAAAUGAAAUUCUUCCUAGAUGAGAGAAAUAGCUGCAGAGAUACAUCUAAGUAUAAAAAGAUCUUCUUAUGCAAUGUAGGCUUUAAUGUAUUUUCUUAUCACUGUUUAUGUAUGUUCAUCAGCUCGUCCUUGUGAGAGGAGUUUUUCUGAAGGAGAGUAAAGCUGUGGGCAGGUGGCGGCUGCACAAUGAAGUGUGAUGUGGCAAUCCCCAUGUUGGGGGAAACCAGGUUUCUAAUUUUGUUUUAAUAGCAUCUAGAAAUAGCCUUUACUGAGAGAGAGAGCGAGCGCGCACACACACACACACACACCCCCCUUGUCUGUUUCCAGACCCAAAGGGGCUCAAGUUCAACCAGUUAAUAAUGCCUGAUGGUGUUUCUAGUCCUUGUGGUGCCAUUACAUGUGGCCAUUCUUCUAUCUGUGGGGCUUCAGAAAUAACACAAAACAGCUUUGUCACAAGCAGCUAUCCUAUUUUAAAACCACUUGUUAUUAAUAUUAGGAAUAAAAAAAAUACCAGAAAGAUACUUGAUAUUAACAUCUUAGUGCAAUUGUCAUUCUUACAGUGCUUUUGUGCUAUAUGGGCAUAUCUAGCUUCUUAGAAGUUCUAAAGAAUUUUUGGAAAUAUUAUUCUUUUCCACAUUCUUCCUGCUUUCCAGUUUGCACCCCUCAGAGCAAAAGCCUCUUUGGCCUCUUCCAUUUAAAAAAAUAACAAACCACACACCCCCCAUCCCCUUGUACUGUGUGUGCCCAUCUCUGAAGCUGUGUAACCAGGUGAGCAAGGGCUCUGGUCAUGUUCUUCCUGAUACGCUGCAUGGCUCUGUGAUUCUUGAUCAGCUACUGGACUGCUAUCCCUAGUAUCUUCUGUCCUUACUGCUGGGCUCUUCGCUGAACUGUGCUUCCAAAGGACACCUUUGGCAGUUUUCAUCCACCCCUGGAGCUAUUACUCUUCUCAGGGUUGUAUUGUUACAGCUUCACAUUUUUCGCUCCAUCUUCGCACUAUUUAUUUUUCUGUUUAUUUCUCUUUUCUGUUGUCCUCACACUGCUGCUAUGUCAUUGGCUUUUUUGUGUCAUUACUGAAUUCAACAUGAAAGAAAAGUAGAUGAAGUUACUCAUGCCCAUUUUCCAAAGGCCUUUGUCUGUAUUUGGCUGAUGUUUGUGGGUGCCUGCUCAUAUCAGUGGAUGAUGCUCACUUGUAUCACAUACUUGCUAAGCUUUCAGAUUUCCCCCUUCUACCCAUUUCCCCAGGUUGCCCAAACAAGAAGGCUACCAGAGUCCUGGGUUUUUCUGUGUAGUUACUUUGUUCAGUUCUGUCUUUUGGCAAAAUGUUCUCCAUAGUCUAAAUGAUAAAAUCUCUUCCAUAAAUACACGCUCAGAGACCUGUCACUUGGUCAAAGGCAAGUCCAGACACAUUUGUUCUGCAGGUAUGCUGUAUUAGUGAAAUAGCCACCUCUUCUACCUUUCCCCAGAAACACUCUUUAAGGCUAGAAUAUAGCAGCCCUCCUUUCUUGUGGAAGUGCAGAGCUGGGUAGCAGAACGGAGCAGUUCUGUCCAGCUGCACACUUCUCUGGCAGAAGACUUCUCAGAGGACAACUGAGCGAGUGACACAAGAGACCUUCAGUCAUCAAAGGGGACCUUGUACAAAUAGCAUAACAAAUUGUCUCUAAAUCUCUUUUCUAAAAUGUAUUAAUGCUCUGUAUUUGAAAAUAAGCAUGCUCUCUGGUAUUUUUUAAUAAAAAAUCCAACCAUGAAGCUUAGAUGUCAUUACAUAAUGUAAGGAAAAAGGGAGUGCUAUAGCUCAGAGGCACAGCUGCCUCAGUCUUCAAAUCCUUAUGUUCCAUGCCUCCUUCCUAACAAUUUUAAUGAACAUAAACUAAUGCAGCAUAGGUAACACUCAAAUUACUCUCUUCCCUUCCAGGCCUGUUUAUCUGGGAUAGGAACUUUAGCCAAUAUAUUGCUCAUCCUAUUGUGCUAAUUUGAUUUUAAAAACAAAAAAGCCAGACAGCUGUAGCUGAUUAACAGGAGUCAGUCAACCCCCACCCAGACAUUCAUUUACAGAAGAGCCUCAGCCAAGCCCAGGAGCUUGCCUCACUGCAAACCACGUUCAGAAGAGUCUGAUCCAUGUCUUAAGGCUCAGUUUUGUAAUAUUUUGAUCGCUCUUUUUACAACAUGACUGCUUUGCAGGAAUGAGUCAUAAGUCUGUAACCAAAGUCCCAGUUUACUUGGUGAAAAACACUUUUACCAACAAAUUUAAGUAACCGCUUACCUGAGCAAGUCUUCCUGUCAUUGCCCAUGUUGGGUCUUAUUUAACUCCAGCUGGAGGCUUAAAUCUCAGUCUAUGUUACAGUACAUUUCCAAGCUCAUCAUCACACACAAACCCUGAACCUCUAAAAUGCAGCCAGCCCCCUCAAGUUUAUAGUCAGCAGUCCAAUCAUGGACAGCACGUGAAUGCUCAGCUGUGCUUUCUCCCCCUUUCCUCAGUUACUUACAUCACAGCCAGAAAUCCAGAGUGGUGUUCAUCUGACAGUAGUACAGCUUCACAGGGGUGCAAACCCUCAUGAAACCUGAACGAGCCGUCUUUGAAGCCUUGUGUCAAAAAUGUUGAAACAUGCUUAAGUAUUAAUAAAUGCAAUUUAAGAAUCUUCCCU